AUGGGCUGGCAGGUAGGCGACGGAAUGCGCGGAAGGGGGAGGGGACGUGGCGGAGGGAAAGGUGGGCGCGGGUACGGCGGAGGCGCAGGCGGCGGAGCGGGCGGAGGUGGCGCGGAGCGACGCUCUACAGCGGAGCAACACGCUUUUGCGCCACGCGUGCUGGACCCGUCUCUCUCGCAGUACUUCACGGGAAUCGCCACACGCGUGCUGGACCCGUCUCUCUCGCAGUACUUCACGGAAAUCGCCACCGCGUGGGAAGACACCCCCGACCCGCAAGACCGAGCCUCCAUCGCUGCCAAUGCUCUGGAGGAGGCUCGGGGGAAGGAGCACCAGCUUCUGUGGGACACCCAGACCUGCCGCACGCUCGAGCCGCUCCUCUCCGCCGCCCCCCCCCCUGCCGCCGCCCGCUUCCUCGCCGGCGCCUGCUGCUGCGCGCGCAGGAGGGGAGAGGCGGAGGGGGAAGGCGCGGGGGGAGGAGGGGAGGGAUCGGGGGAGCGGGAGGUGAAUGUUUGUCGGGAUGUAUUGGCGCAUGGGCUUGCAUCGAGGGUGAUUGAAGCGGGUCUGCGGAAUAUCCGCGCGUGGGUGACGGGAGAGAGCAGGACACGUGGCAGUGCAGGAUUGGACGAAAACGGGGCAGGAGACGACGAGAACGAGGAGCAGGAUGGGGAGGGGGAGGAGGAGGAAGAAAACGAGGAGGAGACGGAAGGCCAGGGAGAUUUACCGAAAUGGACCGAAACAGUGCGGGUGGUUUUGAAAAAGAUCUGCAAAGAAGUGACGGAGUAUCCCCUAGCAGCCAUGACUAGCCCGGCUUGCUCCCACGUGUUGCGCUCCCUGCUGCUCCUCCUCGCCUGCCGCCCCAUCCACGACACGCCCGCAGCAGCAGAGGGCACGAGGAAGGCCCGGCGGGAUGGGGCUGAUAGCGUGGGUGGGGAGGAGAAGAGGGAGCAGGGCGGGGAGGAGGCGGGGGAGGAGCGGAGAGAGGGUGGGGCCGGGAGAAGGUUCGGCGGCCGCUUGCCUCCGCAGAUCCAGCGGGCAGCUGGAAAUUUCCCGCCGUCCUCUGGUGCGACCUUUCCAGGGCUGCCCGGAAUGGCCGGGCAGGGUGCAGGCUUGGCAGGAGGGAAGGAAGUGGGAGCAGCAGCAGGGGGUGCAGAAGCAGCGGCAGCAGCGGAGAGGGGGAGGAGGGUGGGGGCGGCGUUGGGGUUCCCGGCGCUGCUGCAGCGGGUGGUGGUGGGGGUGACGGCGGCAGCAGCGGGGGCAGACGAGGCGGUGCCGUCAGCAGCAGUGGCGUGGUCGCCCUAUGGGGACUCGUGGACCCUCGCCUGUGACCCCUCUGCUGGCCCUCUGCUGCAGGUGCUGUUGGACGUGAUUCGCGAUGAUGCUGCCCUGCUCACCCACGUCAUCACCUCUCUGCUCCACCUGCCCGAGGCUGCGCUUCGGGCUGCGGCGAAAAAAAGGAAACGGGCAGGGCCGGGCAAGCAAGAGGGAGAGCGUGGGAAGAAGAGAAGCAGAAGAGAAAAGGAGGAGGGGGGAGAGGAAGGAGAUGAGGAGGAGGGGAGAGGAGGAGCAGAGGGGGGCGAGGAAGGGGAGGAAGCGGACCACCAGGUGGAGGAGGAGGUAGGGCAGAUCAUUGAGCUUAUGAAGGACCGAUGUGGCUCGAGAUUCAUGGAGACCGUGAUUCAGCUCGCCCCACAAUCCCUCCGCUCCUCGCUCCUGCGAGUGGCCUUGCUCCCCCACCUGCUGCCCCUCGUGCUGCACCCCAUUGCCAACUACACCGUGCAAACCGCCCUCUCCGCCCUCCACUCCCCCUCCACUCCCUGUCUACCCCUCUUGUCCCUCCGCUCCUCGCUCCUGCGAGUGGCCCUGCUGCCCCACCUGCUGCCCCUCGCGCUGCACCCCAUCGCCAACUACACCGUGCAAACCGCCCUCUCCGCCCUCCACUCCCCCUCCACUCCCUGUCUACCCCUCUUGGUGUUUUCAAGCAGCUUUUUCUCCCUCUCUCCCCCAUCCGCCCCCUUCCCGCAGGCUGUUCUCCUGCUCGCCCCACAGUCCCUCCGCUCCUCGCUCCUGCGAGUGGCCCUGCUGCCCCACCUGCUGCCCCUCGCGCUGCACCCCAUCGCCAACUACACCGUGCAAACCGCCCUCUCCGCCCUCCACUCCCCCUCCACUCCCUGUCUACCCCUCUUGUCCCUCCGCUCCUCUCUCCUCCGUGCGGCCUUGCUCCCCCACCUGCUGCCCCUCGCGCUGCACCCCAUCGCCAACUACACCGUGCAGACCGCCCUCUCCGCCCUCCACUCCCCCUCCGACGUCAAACGCGCCUUCAAGGCGCUGGCGGAGAGGGGGACAGGGGAAGGAGAAGGGGAGGAAGGGGGUGGAAACCGUGGGGAGGAGGGGGGGGAAGCGGGAGGGAGAGGGGAGGGGUUGUUGGCACUGCUGAAGGGGGGCAGGGGCCGGGUGGUGCUGGCGCUGCUGAUUGCAUGUGGACGCACCAAGACAUUUCAGGCGCGGGUGAGUGAGAGCUGCGAUGUUUGGAGCCACUUCUGUGGAUCAGGGAGCGGGGUUGUUGGCACUGCUGAAGGGGGGCAGGGGGCGGGUGGUGUUGGCACUGCUCAUUGCGUGCGGACGCACCAAGACGCCUGUGACAGCCUGCUAGCAGCCCUUUCCUCAUCACCAGCACCAUCACCAGUGGAUGCGGCAGCAGCAGAUGCGGCAGCAGUGGGCGAUCUGCUGUGGCUGGAUGCAUGGCAGGCAGUGAGGGUGAACGACGUGCGCUCCAACCGAGCCAAGAAGCGCCAGCAGCAGCAGGGGUGGGGUUCCGUGCCGGUGACAGAGCGCGGGGCGGUCUCCUUUGUGGGCUGCAUGGCGCUGCAGACCAUCUUCUCGUUUCCCCUGGCGGCGUCGCAGAGGGUGGUGCAGGCGUGUGUGGCGCUGCCGCCCUCCUACCUCAUGCAUCUGGCCACGGAUGUCAAGGGCACCCGCGUGCUCUCCGCCUUCUUCCGUGCUGCCACUGUCCCUCUGGACCUCAAGACCACCAUGCUCAACAGUUUGAAGCCGCGCCUGACGACGAUAGCAGCAGAUCGGCUGGGUGCGUUUGUGGUGUCGGCAGCAUUUGAUGCCAUGACGGUGGAAGGCAAGCAGAUGAUCCUCGCUGAGCUGGCGACGCGCUAUUCGUCGGCGUCGUCCUCUCUGCUGCAGCGGCCUCUCUUCCGUCACAUGAGCCUCGCAGAAUACCUGGAGAGCCCAGAGGCAUGGCAGAAGCAGCAGCAGCGCAAGGAGGGCCUGCUGCGAGAGUUCCAAGACCUGCUUGCGCCUGCUCCCGCUGCCUUACCCUCACUGGCGCCUGCUCCCGCUGCCUUACCCUCACUGGCGCCUGCUCCCCCUGCACUGCCUUCCGCCUCCGCACCUGAUGCCAAGCCUCGUAAGAAGAAGAGAGAACCGACUGUGGAAGUAGCAGCUUCGGCUGUGACUAAGAACACGAAAAGUGGGAAGAAGAGAAGAGGGGGGGGUGAGGGGGAUGAGGGGGAAGAGGGGCGGCAUGGAGGGAGUGAUGUGGGAAGCAGAGGGGGAGGCAAGUCUGGGGAGGCGUUGAGAGGCAUUGUGGAGCAGUUGGAGCUGGGGAGUGAGUUGGCAAUGUUGGGGUUCAGUGGUGACGGUGGGGAAAUGGGACAGGAUGAGAUGGAUGGUGGGAGUGUUUCGAAGAAAAGAAAGGACAAAUCUGCUGGUGCUGCACCCAAGAAAAGAGGCCGUGUGUGA